AUUCCGAGUCAAUCUCUGCAAAUAAAAAAACAAGCUGAAAUGGCGUCGGUCGCUCAAUUCCAGGCUCUCUUCGUCCCCUCAAACUCGAUCAAAAAAUCAUCCUUGAAUGCAUUCUUCGGCUCAACAAUUUCUUUGCACCGUGAAAUUCAGAAAAUCAGACAAAGAAAGCAGCUGACGGUGGUCGCUGCCGUCGGAGAUGUCUCGGCCGACGGGACUGUGUAUCUGAUAGCCGGCGCCGCCGCGGUGGCGUUGCUCGGAACUGCUUUCCCCAUCAUCUUCUCCCGCAAAGACACGUGCCCGGAAUGCGACGGAGCAGGAUUUGUGAGGAAAGGAGGGGCGGCGCUGAGGGCAAAUGCGGCAAGAAAAGAUCAGACUCAAAUUGUAUGCGCUAACUGCAAUGGUCUUGGCAAGCUCAAUCAAGUUGACAAAUAGAAUUCUUAUUAUGUUUCUCCCAAAUUUAAAUUGUAUUCUUCUUUGCUUUAUCUCUAUUUAAUAAUCAUGUCCAUCAAAUAUUUUAAUUUCUGUA